CAGUGUUAUUAAACGUGAGCUCAAAUUGAGACAAAUUAUAAAAUUGAGAGCAAAAGAGACGACGAAACGGAUGAUUCUCCGAAUCGUUGGGAUCAGUGAACCAACUUAUGAGUGGUGCAAAAUUGAUGACCAGGAACUGCCGUUCAUUACUUUCACAAGAGGUGGAGGUCGUUAUAAGAUCACAGAACCAGAGGACGAUCAAUCACACAGUGACGCCGCACUGGCCAACAACUGGGCUAAUCUGAAUGAGUUGAGACAACUGCCAGAAAUUCAAGGCAAUGCAAACAUUGCAGCUGCAAGUGUUCGUACCCUUAGGAGGCGAUUGAGUGAUCAGGACAUCGUGUUGCAGCCAUCAAAGAACGGCUGCGAGAUUUCCAUAAGGAAAGGCGACUUAUUUAUGCCGAACAGUUUGUUAACUGGACACUUGUGGACUGGUCUCGUGUCAUAUUCAUUGAUGAAUUUGGGAUAUCGACUGGAGAAGGCGGUCGUGUUUGUGUUUGACUCUUAUUCAGACUUUUUGGAAGAUUCAAUUCUCCAUGAGAUUGAUCGGCAUUUUGAUGACGGGAACGUGCAUUUAUUGCAUGACAAUCAUCCCGUUCACAAAUCAAAUUUAGUCAGGGAUUGGAUUAACGAGAACAUCGGUCCCAUCGAGCACUUCGUUCUACCACAUCCAGGUCUCAGCCCUGAUCUAAAUGCGUGUGAAAAUGUUGGCGCAAUGAUUAAGAAUUUGGUUCGCACUGAGCGCCAGGCCAUUGAGUCAGAGGACCAGUUGUGGGAAGCGGUGUUAAGGGCUUCAGGGUAUAAUUAG